CGAAACGGCCGAGAGGGUACACGCUCGCCAUUGUCUUCUCUUCCGCUCUUGUUGGUAUCAAGACAGUCGUUUCUGUAUCUUUCGUAUCGUCUAACCAGCUACCGCUAGUGAUCGCUGUAUUGCAGCAGAACAGCGUUACACAGCCAGCAUUCUUGCCAGUCACCAGGCAACGCCGACUUGGACACGAUGAAGGACAACCGUGAACCUAGCCCGACGUACAUGUCGAAGGAGCAGAUGAGUUCCUACCUAAAAGAUCUUCGAAAGCCUCUAUCGCGACCCUCGGGCUCUCGACCUGCUCCGCCCUCCAAGUUCGGCAGCGUCCGACGAGCAGGAACUCCCAGUGCUCCAGAUGUCGUCAACAACAAAACUUCGCUAGAUGACGAUCGACCUUCGCUCCUGACUAGCAACAGCAUGCCGAUCAUGCAGCCACCACAAAAGCUGUCGCAUCACCGCACCGAUUCGACCCUGUCGCAACGAAGCAUGUCGCGCAGCCCGUUUGCUGGACGACCUCUAGCCCGAGCCCCAUCAGCGACGCCUGAGCCUUCAAAAGACGAUGCCGACCGACCGCAGCCGCGUCGCACGCCGAGCAUGAAAUAUAUGGAGAACGGGACGCGGUGGAUGGAAAAGCAGGAGACGCGAUCUUUGCGGCAUGCUCUCGAGGAUAUGGAUCUGGAGGAAGAGCGAAAGGUACAUCUAUCUGCGCAAGAGGAGGCCGCGGAAUUGGUCUGGAAGCAUCAGAAUCCGGAAGCUGCUAGCGGACCCUUCAUCAAUCCAGAUCUCAAGCGAGACUACAACUCACACUUGCGCAAAGGCAGCUAUCACCGCAGUCACAGUCAGGAUGCAUACUCGUCUGCAGGGUCCCGGAGUGCGUCCGAGGGGAGCCAAGCGUCUAUUGCAGAUGACAUCCUUGGGCACCCGAAAGAGUUGCACACCUCUAACAAAGGCCUUCGAAAAGUCAGCCCUCCCACAGGCGAGGUGUCUGUGCAGAAACGACGCGUGUCGAGUGGAAAGAGCUAUGACCAGCUAGCCGAAGCGGUCGCGAAGGACAUUGCAAUUGCACAGCGAAGAGUCAGCAGUGGCAGCAAACGCAUCAUGAGUGGGGAGAAAAAGAAGUUCAUGGAUCCGAACGACCGGAUAUGGGAAGAUCCUGAGGAAGGCGAAUCACCGCAGAGACAGCAAAGCACACGGCAAGAAAUUGCAAAAGAUACAAGGUCUACAGCCACUUCUCCGGUCCCAUCGUAUGUCCGCAAGAACCCAUUCGCUCGGGUCAGGGCCCAGUACGAAAAGAACCUGGAACGUUCAACUUCGGCGCCGACACUCCAGACUCUCGGUAGCACGCCUCUGCCACGACACGAACGCGUUGAAAUCCAAAGGAACCCACCAAGCCAAAGCCGGAAUGCCUUCUAUACAUCGAACGAAGUGGUCCUACCACCGACUCCACCAGCGGAGUCACCGCAUGAGGCAGAUGAAGUUGCUCCAAAAGGCACACCCACAAAAGACGGGAAGGAGAUCAGAGGUGACGAUAUCAGAGCAGCGACCAGCAAAGCCAGGAGUGCCUAUAGUCCCAAUCUGCCGCGGCCGACAAUGGUCAGUGACAAACCUGGAAGACCUAUUGUCAGUUUUGAGAAAGACUACAAGACGAAAGAGAUCGUGAUGGAGGAGCAACAUGUUGAUUGGCCCCCAGAGGCUUCCACUUCCUCCAAUCUGGAGCAUAAGGAUCAAUUCGAAGCGACGCCCAAGAGCAUGCCGUCGCCGUCCAGGAGCAGUCCUUUUGCGCGGAGAACGACUGGUGAACAAUCGAGCCAACCCUCCAUGUCACGACCCCUGCCAAGUUCGCCCACGAAGAGUAACAUUCCCAAGAUUAAUGUUGACGAUGUGCCUAAAUGGCAACCUUCGUCCCAGGCGUCGAGAUCUCCGGCUCGAUCAACUCACGUCCCUCCCAUUCCAACCAUAUGCGCGCCUGAUGUUCCAUCUGUGCCGACGAUCAACGUUGACACAGAGACUCCGUUGAUCAAUGUCAGCGAAUCACCUGCAAGUUCGCCUACGAAGUCUAGCAGGAUACCUCAAAAGGCCAGCCCAGCACCAGGUUCCAAUCGUCCGCCGCCCCGCCAUGCCAACACCAUGCCCGUUGGCCAGAACAAGUCUACACCACACUACACGCCUUCAAUUCGCCAGUCCGGCGCACUGUGCGCUCAUUGUGCUUUGCCCAUUGCGGGAAGAAUAUUGAGCGCAGCAGGUGAACGCUUUCACCCCGGAUGUUUCGUCUGCAACCAAUGCAACACGAAUCUGGAAUUGGUUGCAUUCUAUCCUGAGCCCGAAAAACAGCGAUGUGCUCGUCUGGAAGAUCCGGACAGUCAGGAUACAGACCCUACCUUGCGUUUUUAUUGUCAUCUCGAUUUUCAUGAGCUCUUCAGCCCUCGCUGCAAGUCUUGCAAGACACCAAUCGAAGGAGAGGUCAUCGUCGCUUGCGGCGCUGAGUGGCACGUUGGGCACUUCUUUUGUGCUCAAUGUGGCGACCCUUUCGAUUCCAGCAUGCCAUUUGUCGAGAAGGAUGGAUAUGCCUGGUGUGUUGGCUGUCAUACCAACCGAUAUAGCUCAAAAUGCCGUAAGUGCCGGAAGCCUGUCACCGAUGUUGUUGUAAAGGCACUGGGGUCGGACUGGCACAGCAAUUGCUUUACUUGCAUGGAAUGUCAUGGCGAGUUCAUAGAUGGUCGAUACUUCCUGCGUGGCGAGAGUCAGGACCCGGUAUGCGUCAAGUGUGAGGAGAGAAGGUUGAAAGCAUAGCGCGAUUAUGCUGCGAGCUCCGGAUAGAUCUGCUCUAUUUAGAAAGUCUUCAAGCUUCCCUGUUGAGUAGCGUGAGCAGCAUGAGCGUUGAACUCUAGAUCGCAUACAGGACAUACAGCCCGCAAGACACUUGAGCGCAUG